UUAAAAAAAUCCUGAAACAGUUGUUGUAAAACUUCGAAAGUAAAUAUAAAAUAUUUAUGGAAAGUACUGGACAAACUGUUAGAGGUCUCCUCUAUUUAAUAUUGUAAUCGAAUUAGUGUUAUAUAUCCUUUCUUCAUCAUAAUUUUUGACGUGAAAUUUCUUUAGUUUUUGAAACCAUAUUUCUGAUAUACAUACUGAACUAAUAAAUGAUUGGAAAUGCAUCAUAAAACAUUGAAAGUAUAUAUGUUGAAAAUUAAGAGUAAUAUAGGACAACAGACAUUUUUUCAUGUAUUUUCAAUUUUACGUGAACGUUAUUAUUCCAAUAUCCAAGUCUCCGUUGGAACACCGCAAAAACAAUAUGCUUUCCUUUUAAUUGCAUUCGUACUGCUGCAAUAUGUCGACUUACGUAUGUGUUGUCAUAUAUCAGCAAAUCAUCUAACACAAAAUAGUGAUGACGCAAACUAUCUAAUAAACGCGGCACAUUCAACAGGCGGCAAAACGAACAGUAUUGCCGCUACUGAGAAGAGAGUAAUUAGCAAUACUAGCAAGGGUGAUAUCGAAGACAGUCAAAUUGCCAACAACAAACGACGUAUUGGUAGUGGUCAGCCUGAGGAAAUUUUUAGUCUUGAUGAUCGCGUCGAAGCCAGUUAUGAUGAGUAUCCGAUGGUAGUACCUAAGCGAGCUGCUCUUUUGUUAGACCGACUCAUGGUUGCUUUGCAUCAUGCUCUAGAAAAAGAACGUCGUAAAAUAAGCGAUUUUUAUGCAGAACAGAACGAUAAAAACGCCAACAUGAAAGGGGAUAUUAAUCCUAAUAAUGAUGAUGAUUAUGAGCAAAUCAAUGGUAAUCAUAUGUACAGCGAUGAUGAUCCUUCAGUUGUGAUGGAUUACGAUUUUAAAGAUUUAAAUUCCAUAAAUCGUGCCACUGGUGAAACUUUAAUGGCAAAGAGCUUUCAGAGAAGAGGAAGCAAUAACUUGGAUUUGGGAGGAAACCUUGGCAACGUCGAAGAUGUAGCGAUGCUUACGGGUGCUGCGGCAAGAGAUGACGAUUCUGGUGAUUUAAAUGGUAUUAUUGGUCGAAACGGAAUGGGGAAUACAGGACGUAUAUACUGGCGUUGUUAUUUCAAUGCAGUAAGCUGCUUCUAAAAGUAAAAGUGCUACAAAUAGUUAAAAUGUGAAAUAUAUGUAUUUGAAAAGGCAUAUAUUCGAAUGUUAUAAAUAUGAAUAUAUACAUAUGUAGUACGCAUAUAACAUUGUAAAUGUAUACGUACACAUUUUUCUUAUACAUAUACGUACCUACACAUGCACAUUCCCAUGCUUAAAUGAGAAACCAUUAUACAAAUACAUAUUCUGGUAAUUCCAAAUUUAUUCCAACGUACCAUUAAGGAUCACUGCUUAUAAAUAUUUAUGAAUAAAUAUGUACGGAAUUGUGACGAAUUAACUCAACAUUUCCAUAAAUUACAUACGUUCAUCAUAUUUUCCAUAAUGAUUUUUGCAGAAAAUAAGCAAGUAUGUGCAACCCUUAUAAAUUAUAAUAUAUUUUAGGAUAUA